AUUUGCUUUUCUUAAUCUACCAAGUUCGUUUCCGUAAAAUUCUUCCUGUUGAGAUAUUAUGAACGUCUUUUUCAUCCUCUCUAUUCUGGCCUAUUUCUUGGCUAAUCCAAGUGAAGCCCAAAUACCCCAGUGCUUACCUGCAUUAGCCAGCUAUCUUGAGGGCCAGGCUUCUCUGUUGGAGAGUGUCAAAUCCGAUCUACAACAGUCCAUUGGAAAAUGGCCCUUAGGUCAUUACUGUAUUCUGGCAAAUGGUCCAUGUCCAUCUGGAUUUAGUCGUUCCGCAGGCCAUAUGCGUGCUAUAAAGCAAUAUACGGCCACUACAACUUACAUCAAAGAGGCCACGUUUGGAGAUAGUAAGAUCCAGUGCCAUGAAAGCUGCGGUAAGCACAGGAAUUGGGUCGGAGAUCUGCACAUCACAGCGUGCUGUAAGUGACCGAAAGAAGAAAGUUAUAUACCACAGCAUUAAUACAUUCCAAGUAUUAAGUAAUUAUCUGCAUUUUUG